GGAAAUUCAAAGAUCACUGUGCAGUCAGCCUUAAACACCUGGCUGCACCCACCUCCCCCAGCUUUCUUCCACAUUAAUUAAAACAUUUUAUAACAAAAUUCUCCUAAAAAUAUAUGUAAUUUGAUUUAAUUUUAGUCACAAAUCAACAUCUUCAAAAUGACGAGGAUUUUGACAGUCUGUAAAGUGGUGAAGACACUGAAGACAGGUUUCAGCUUAACCAAUGUGACUGCGUAUCAUCAAUGGAAAUUCUCAAGACCUGGCAUCAGGCUCCUUUCUGUUAAGGCACAGACAGCACACAUUGUCCUGGAAGAUGGAACGAAGAUGAAAGGUUACUCCUUCGGCCAUCCAUCCUCUGUUGCUGGUGAAGUGGUUUUUAACACUGGCCUGGCAGGGUACCCGGAAGCUCUUACUGACCCUGCUUACAAGGGACAGAUUCUCAUCAUGGCCAAUCCUAUCGUUGGGAAUGGUGGAGCCCCUGACACUGUUGCGCUGGAUGAACUGGGACUUAGCAAAUAUAUGGAAUCCGAUGGCAUUAAGGUUGCAGGUUUGCUGGUGCUGAACUAUAGUAAUGACUAUCACCACUGGCUGGCUACCAAGAGUCUAGGGCAAUGGCUGCAGGAAGAAAAGGUCCCUGCAAUUUAUGGAGUGGAUACAAGAAUGCUGACCAAAAUAAUUCGGGAUAAGGGUACCAUGCUCGGGAAGAUUGAAUUUGAAGGUCAGUCUGUGGAUUUUGUGGAUCCAAAUAAGCAGAAUUUGAUUGCUGAGGUUUCAACCAAGGAUGUCAAGGUGUACGGCAAAGGAAAUCCCACGAAAGUCGUGGCUGUAGACUGUGGGAUAAAAAACAAUGUAAUCCGCCUACUAGUAAAGCGAGGAGCCGAAGUGCAUUUAGUUCCCUGGAAUCAUGAUUUCACCAAGAUGGAAUAUGAUGGGCUUUUAAUUGCUGGAGGACCUGGCAACCCAGCUCUUGCACAACCACUAAUUCAGAAUGUCAAAAAGGUUUUGGAGGGUGAUCGCAAGGAGCCAUUGUUUGGGAUCAGCACAGGAAAUUUAAUAACAGGAUUGGCCGCUGGUGCCAAUGCCUACAAGAUGUCCAUGGCCAACAGAGGGCAGAAUCAGCCUGUUUUGAAUAUCACAAACAGACAGGCUUUCAUUACCGCUCAGAAUCAUGGCUAUGCCCUGGACAGCACCCUUCCUGCUGGCUGGAAACCACUUUUUGUGAAUGUCAAUGAUCAAACAAAUGAGGGGAUUAUGCAUGAGAGCAAACCCUUCUUUGGUGUGCAGUUCCACCCAGAGGUCAGUCCGGGGCCAACAGACACUGAGUACCUGUUUGAUUCCUUUUUCUCACUGAUGAAGAAGGGGAAAGGGAUGACCAUUACAUCGGUUCUACCAAAGCCAGCCUUAGUAGCAUCUCGAGUUGAGGUUUCCAAAGUCCUUAUCCUAGGGUCGGGAGGUCUGUCCAUUGGUCAGGCAGGUGAAUUUGAUUAUUCGGGAUCGCAAGCUGUAAAAGCCAUGAAGGAAGAAAAUGUCAAGACUGUCCUGAUGAACCCAAACAUUGCAUCGGUGCAGACCAACGAGGUGGGCUUAAAGCAAGCGGAUACUGUCUACUUUCUCCCCAUCACCCCUCAGUGUACAGAAGUCAUCAAAGCGGAACGGCCAGAUGGGUUAAUUCUAGGCAUGGGUGGCCAGACAGCUCUGAACUGUGGAGUGGAACUAUUCAAGAGGGGUGUGCUCAAGGAAUAUGGCGUGAGAGUCCUGGGGACCUCAGUUGAAUCCAUUAUGGCCACAGAAGAUAGACAGCUGUUCUCAGACAAACUAAAUGAGAUUAAUGAAAAGAUUGCUCCAAGCUUUGCAGUGGAAUCAAUUGAAGAUGCACUGAAGGCGGCAGACACCAUUGGCUACCCGGUGAUGAUCCGCUCUGCCUACGCCCUGGGCGGGUUAGGCUCAGGCAUCUGUCCUAAUAAGGAGACCUUGCUGGACCUCAGCACAAAGGCCUUUGCUAUGACCAAUCAGAUUCUGGUGGAGAGGUCAGUGACAGGUUGGAAAGAAAUAGAAUUUGAAGUGGUCCGAGAUGCUGAUGAUAACUGUGUCACUGUCUGUAGCAUGGAAAAUGUUGAUGCCAUGGGUGUUCAUACAGGUGAUUCGGUGGUUGUGGCCCCCGCCCAGACACUCUCUAACACGGAGUUUCAGCUGUUGAGACAGACGUCAAUCAAUGUCGUUCGGCACCUAGGCAUUGUGGGUGAAUGCAACAUUCAGUUUGCUCUUCAUCCGACCUCAAUGGAAUACUGUAUCAUUGAAGUGAAUGCCAGACUGUCCCGAAGCUCUGCCCUGGCCUCAAAGGCUACUGGCUACCCAUUGGCAUUCAUUGCUGCAAAGAUUGCCCUAGGAAUUCCACUUCCAGAAAUCAAGAACGUUGUGUCGGGGAAGACAUCAGCCUGCUUUGAACCCAGCCUGGAUUACAUGGUCACCAAGAUUCCUCGCUGGGACCUCGAUCGUUUUCACGGAACAUCUAGUCGAAUUGGUAGCUCUAUGAAAAGUGUAGGAGAGGUCAUGGCUAUUGGUCGUACCUUUGAGGAGAGUUUCCAGAAGGCUUUACGGAUGUGCCACCCGUCUAUAGAUGGUUUCACUUCCCGUCUCCCAAUGAACAAAGAGUGGCCAUCCAACAUCGAUCUCAGAAGAGAGCUGGCGGAGCCAUCCAGCACCCGCAUCUAUGCCAUCGCCAGGGCGUUGGAAGACAACAUGUCCCUUGACGAGAUUAUGCAGCUCACAUCCAUUGACAAGUGGUUUUUGUAUAAGAUGCGUGACAUUUUAAACAUGGAAAAGACACUAAAAGGGCUCAACAGUGAGUCCAUUGCAGAAGAAACACUGAAAAAUGCAAAGGAGAUUGGGUUCUCAGACAAGCAAAUUUCAAAAUGCCUUGGGCUGACAGAGGCCCAGACAAGAGAGCUGAGGUUAAAGAAAAACAUUCGUCCUUGGGUUAAACAGAUUGAUACACUGGCUGCAGAGUACCCCUCCAUAACAAACUACCUCUAUGUUACCUACAAUGGUCAGGAGCAUGAUAUCAAUUUUGAUGAACAUGGAAUGAUGGUGCUGGGCUGUGGUCCUUAUCACAUAGGCAGCAGCGUGGAAUUUGAUUGGUGUGCUGUCUCCAGUAUCCGUACACUGCGUCAGCUUGGCAAGAAGACAGUGGUGGUGAAUUGCAACCCUGAGACCGUGAGCACAGACUUUGAUGAGUGUGACAAACUAUACUUUGAAGAGUUGUCUUUGGAGAGAAUCCUAGACAUCUACCAUCAAGAGGCCUGUGGUGGUUGCAUCAUAUCCGUUGGGGGCCAGAUUCCAAACAACCUGGCCGUCCCCCUCUACAAGAACGGUGUCAAGAUCAUGGGCACGAGCCCUCUGCAGAUCGACAGGGCUGAGGAUCGCUCCAUCUUCUCAGCUGUCUUGGAUGAGCUGAAAGUGGCUCAGGCACCAUGGAAAGCCGUUAACACUUUGAAUGAGGCAUUGGAAUUUGCGAAGUCUGUGGGCUACCCUUGCUUGUUGAGACCUUCUUAUGUUUUGAGUGGGUCUGCCAUGAAUGUGGUAUUCUCUGAGGAUGAGAUGAAAAAAUUCCUAGAGGAGGCCACUAGAGUCUCUCAGGAACACCCAGUGGUGCUGACGAAAUUUAUUGAGGGGGCUCGGGAAGUGGAAAUGGACGCUGUUGGCAAAGACGGAAAAGUUAUCUCCCAUGCCAUCUCUGAACACGUGGAAGAUGCAGGUGUCCACUCGGGAGAUGCUACUCUGAUGCUGCCCACACAAACCAUCAGCCAAGGAGCUAUUGAAAAGGUGAAGGAUGCUACCCGAAAAAUCGCAAAAGCUUUUGCCAUCUCUGGCCCAUUCAAUGUCCAGUUUCUUGUCAAAGGAAAUGAUGUCUUGGUGAUUGAGUGUAACCUGAGAGCUUCUCGAUCCUUCCCCUUUGUUUCCAAGACACUUGGGGUAGACUUCAUUGAUGUGGCCACCAAGGUGAUGAUUGGAGAGAACGUUGAUGAGAAACCCCUUCCAACACUGGAGCACCCCAUAAUUCCUGCUGACUAUGUUGCAAUUAAGGCUCCAAUGUUCUCCUGGCCCCGGUUGAGGGACGCUGACCCCAUCCUGCGCUGUGAGAUGGCUUCCACCGGAGAGGUGGCUUGCUUUGGUGAAGGUAUUCAUACAGCUUUCCUAAAGGCGAUGCUUUCCACAGGGUUUAAGAUACCCCAGAAAGGCAUCCUGAUUGGAAUCCAGCAAUCAUUCCGUCCAAGAUUCCUUGGUGUGGCUGAACAGUUACACAAUGAAGGCUUCAAGCUCUUUGCCACGGAAGCCACGUCAGACUGGCUCAAUGCCAACAACGUCCCUGCCACCCCAGUGGCGUGGCCGUCUCAAGAAGGACAGAAUCCCAGCCUGUCUUCCAUCAGAAAAUUGAUUAGGGACGGCAGCAUUGACCUGGUAAUUAACCUCCCAAAUAACAACACUAAAUUUGUCCACGACAAUUACGUGAUCCGCAGGACAGCUGUUGACAGUGGAAUUGCCCUCCUCACUAAUUUCCAGGUGACCAAACUUUUUGCAGAAGCUGUGAAGAAAUCUCGCAGUGUGGACGCCAAGAGUCUCUUCCACUACCGGCAGCACAGUGCUGGAAAAACGGUCUAGGAAAACACAUGUCCCUUCUCCAUCCUCAAAUCAACCCAAGCCCCUUUUUCUCUCAACGAACUGACUGCCCACUCUCUUUCCCAGAGAUGAAUACUGACAUCAGACUUUAUUGCAGUUUACUUAGUUAUGCCUCCAGAUUCUUUUCUUUCACAAUUAAAUGGUCAGUCACUUUUUGGAAACCUCACUUAGAGAGUCCUUCCUGAGAAACUUGUUCUUCGCGAGAAUUCCUUUAUCUACUAAUGCCUUGUUUUUGGUGGGCUAAGCUUCCCAAGUGCGUCUUUGCAGCUAAUGUUUCAUGGUGCUGAUUAAUGAUGAUCAAGGUAGAAAAAGUCGCCGCUCUGUCUUCUGAACUCUUUCUAUAUAUAUUUUACAGACACUACUGUCAUUGUUUUUAAGCAGCAUCUGCCACGCUCAGGACACUUUAACAAGGCAGAAUACUAUAAAAAUUGUUAACGUGCAGUAUGGAUUUAAUUUAUGAACUCCUUCAUCGUGACGUUUGUGUAUUGCUUCUUUUUAAUAAUCAUUCUAUCUGGCUCAUCCAGGAAUAUCAUUAUCUCCUCCCACAGGGCUGAAUUCGAGAAGUGUGACAGAGGUCUCUAAAGUAUGGAUUUUUUUAAAGGACACUGGUUUGCAGUUUUGUGUUUUGUAGUAUGUCAGCAGAUGGUGGAUACCGCUGAGGUGGUUUUAUUCUUGUUUUUCUUUGGAUUUUUAACCUGAGCCAAGUGAAUUCUUCAGAUUUAUGCCAUCUCUGCUGCCUGCUCCCCCUUCCUGCCAACUGUGGAAUAACUCGGAAGUUAUGUUCAUCCCUUCAGAUUAUAGAUUCUGUUGAUCUACUGAGUCCCACACUGCAAUGUGACUUUUCCGCAUUUUAAGCACAAGGCGCUCAUUCCUUCUACAUACGGAAAAGUCCUUCCUACUGGGCAGCCUUUGUCGCUUUUAAACUUUUUGUGAUAUAAGUGCUCUAAUUCUGAACUUUUAAAUAAAAUAUUACUAAGAGGCAAGA